CCCCCCGCCGACCAGACACAAAGCGGCUCAAUCCGAGCGGCGCGGGGGCGGGGGGACGCCCAGCCAGGGCUUUCCUUCCGCUGUUCGCCUUCUGCCUGCUCAUGAGGACCCAGCUGACAUCUCGUCCGGCUUCCACGACCCGCCCCCCUCUCACCCGCAACCCCCAAAAAAAGAACGACCCAGACCCCCCAGCCCCCAGCCAGGCCAGACCUGCCUCGUAGGCAGCCGGCUGAGAAGGCGCCCCUGGAAGGGGAAACUGACACCCUGUCAGGGUCCGCCCUUCCCCUCCCCGCCGCUGCACCAGACUCUCCUCUCCCACCCCAGAAGUUGAGGGUCCCUCCGCCCGGCCUCCCGCGCUCCGGCCACCGGGACACUCGAGACCCCGGGAAGAUGGCGAGGAGGAGCCGCCACCGCCUCCUCCUGCUGCUGCUGCGCUACCUGGUGGUCGCCCUGGGCUAUCAUAAGGCCUAUGGAUUCUCUGCCCCCAAAGACCAUCAAGUAGUCACAGCAAUAGAGUAUCAAGAGGUUAUUUUAGCCUGUAAAUAUCCAAAGAAGACCAUUUCCUCCAGAUUAGAGUGGAAGAAACUGGGGCGGAGUGUCUCCUUUGUCUACUAUCAACAGGCUCUUCAAGGUGAUUUUAAACAUCGAGCUGAGAUGAUAGAUUUCAGUAUACGGAUCAAAAAUGUUACAAGAAAUGAUGCCGGGAAAUAUCGUUGUGAAGUUAGUGCCCCAUCCGAGCAAGGCCAAAACCUGGAAGAGGAUACGGUCACUCUAGAAGUACUAGUGGCUCCAGCAGUUCCAUCGUGUGAAGUACCCAAUUCUGCUCUGAGUGGAACCGUGGUAGAGCUACGAUGUCAAGAUAAAGAAGGGAAUCCAGCUCCUGAAUACGCAUGGUUUAAGAAUGGCAUCCGUUUGCUAGGGAAUCCAAAAGUUGGCUCCCAAAGCACCAACAGCUCAUACACAAUGAAUACAAAAUCUGGAACUCUGCAAUUUAACACUGUUUCAAAACUAGACAGCGGAGAAUACUACUGCGAAGCCCGUAAUUCUGUUGGACAUCGCAGGUGUCCUGGGAAACGAAUGCAAGUAGAUGAUCUCAACAUAAGUGGCAUCAUAGCAGCUGUAGUAGUUGUGGCCUUAGUGAUUUCCGUCUGUGGCCUUGGCGUGUGCUAUGCUCAGAGGAAAGGCUACUUUUCAAAAGAAACCUCCUUCCAGAGGAGCAGUUCUGCAUCAAAAGCCACUGCAAUGAGUGAAAAUGAUUUCAAGCACACAAAAUCCUUUAUAAUUUAAAAGAAUCCCACCUUUGAGAUACACCAAAACCACAGUUGUUGCACAAAUUAUUAAAAGAUUAUAAAACUCUGCUUUGUCUUACAUUUGCAAAGAGGUACAUGAGGAGAUGGAAUUGGUAUUUCGUUAUCAAUUUUAUGACCACAAAAUCACUUGAAAUUGUUAUUUUAAACAAACAGUUCUGUCACCACCUAAAAUACAGUCUGGCUUCUUGCGUCUGGACUAAGUUAAAAGAAUCAAAAUACUUUGUAAUAUUCUGGGGUUUGUGAAAUGUUAAAUAUUCUAACUUCUAGAGAAAAUUACUAAAAUAUAUGAAACUGAUUGCGAAAUUAAUCCACAGAGCAUGAAAAUAUAAACUGCAUGUACCCUCUGUGCAGGAGUCUGGUUUGGAGGGUUCAGAAAAUACUCUUGACAGAUGCAAAAGGAACCUCUGGUCUCAUUUCCACCAGAAUCCUUUUUUCUCCCCUAAUAUAACCCUUAUUCUGCUGCUCAUUUAUCACUAAUAUAUCCACAGAAGGGAAGUAGCGGGACUGGGUCUCAUACCCAAAGAUUUGUAAUUUGCGUUUACUUUCAUUUCUGAGAACCAAAAGCAACAUGAAGAAAAACGUCUAACAGCCAGAGCUCACUUACCUGGUGUGUCUCACUGAUUUCUUCAUUAAACAUAAUUUUGAGAGUCAAA